AUGGCUUCUGUAUAAAGCAGAUUUGAAAUAGUUGAUGAUUUUCUCAAUUAUGAUUCAUCUUAAUUAAGAGAUCUUGAGCUAUAUUUUAGUGGAUGCUCUGUAAGUGGAAAAAGACUUGUUAGGAUAUGCUAAAAAUUAGUAUUAUUAAAUGGCCUUUAGAAUUUAACAUUCAAACUAAGGUGCAAUCAUUUAUCAUUUUGUGAUUUGGAAGAAUUAGGAAAAAAUCUUGCGAAUAUUAAAAAUCUUAUGAGU